CUUUAUAGUUUAGGUAGAUAAAGGUCUCAGUCACAUUUGAGUAAAAUAAUCCUAUUUCUAUAAAUGUCAUAGGAUCUUUUUUUUAAAGAUAUUUUAUUUUCACGGACCCCUUGCAAUUACACCACGGACCACUAGGGGUCCGCGGACCCCCGGUUGAGAAACACUGCCUUAGAGGCCCAGAGCAUCACACAUUUGAAUCAGCCAGAUACUGACAAUAGCCUUUUAAUGAUGCAGUGUUUCCUCUUAACAAAUCAAACCGCGGUGUAUUAUGACAGCAGCAGGUAAGGAAGUGAAUUAUACAUAAUUCUAGGUUGUGCAGUUCUCGUAAUCGCCUGUAGGUGGCAGAAGCACACCAACGUUGCGUGCAGCUUUCCACGUACCUCUCAAGAAGAAGAGCGCCCCGCGGUUUGCCCCGUCGCCGCCGUUACUGUCCGGAAGCGUAAAGUAUGGGCGAAUUAGACUUUUAAGAAGCGGAGUUGUGUUGUCAAACUGCGGAUCCACUUAAAAGGUCAACAUGGUGCAGCUGCACCUGAAACGCGGGGAUGAAAGCCAGUUUUUGUUCACCACCACCGUGGACGUCCAGCUGGAGACCCUGAUCCAGCAGAUCACCGCCAUACACAACGGGAGGCUGAAAGUGGACAGAAUAUGUUCAGAGAUCCCAGAGCUGGCAGACCAUGGGAUCACACUACCUCCCAACAUGCAGGGGCUGACCGAUGAGCAGAUUGUGGAUUUGAAACUGAAGGACGAGUGGGAGGAGAGGUGUGUGCCCAGCGGAGGAUCAGUAUUCAAGAAGGAUGAAAUAGGGAGGAGGAAUGGACAUGCUCCAAACGACAAGAUGAGAGAGGUGCUGAUGAAAACAGUGGAAGAGGCAAAGGCACUGAUCUCAAAAAAACAAGCGCAGGCCAACAUUUGUGUCACCAUGGAGAUGGUGAAGGAGGCCCUGGACCAACUACGGGGUGCAGUCAUGAUUGUGUACCCCAUGGCGCUGCCUCCUCACGACCCCAUCAGGAUGGAGUUUGAGAACCAGGAAGACCUAUCAGGAACACAGGCCUCUCUGCAAGUGAUCACAGAGGAUGAAUGCCAGCUAUGGUGGGCCGGCAAGGAGUUGCAGAGGGGGAAAAAAUUACAGGACUUCAUUGGCAAAAAUGAAAAGACCAAGAUUGUAGUCAAAAUCCAAAAGAGAGGCCAGGGGGCACCAGCGAGGGAGCCGCUCGUCACUGAGGAGCAGCAGAAACAGAUGAUGAUGCAUUACUAUCGGAGACAGGAGGAGCUCAAGAAAUUGGAGGAGGCAGACGAUGACAGUCACCUGGACUCGGAGUGGUCAGACAGACAAGCGCUGAAAAGGCAGUUUCAAGGUCUCACCAACGUCAAAUGGGGACCCAGGUAGAGAGACACUGCGUGGUCAUGACUGGAA